UGUUGUUACAGUUAUAAUGGGCAACGUCAGUAACAAACAGCGGAUCAUAAUCAAUCGGCACUUCAUAGACAGGCAUAUCGAUCAGCUGAUCGUAUCCGAAAUACCAUAAUUUUAUACAAUGGGAGCUAUCCAAACUUUAAAGAAAUAAAGCGAGUGGAGUGAACUUAUUUACACUUUUUCACCAUGGCCGGGUUUUACAAUCUUGAUCACAAGGAAGUUAUCCGUAUAAAAGUUAAAGUGAGUUUAUUUUAUGAUUGUUUUUAAUGUACUGCUACUACCCUGGCUAUUCACUAUAGUCAGACUACAAUAAAUAGCCUAGAAGCUCCCAACAAUUUUUAUUAGCAGAGCCCUUUUAAGAAUUAAUAUCUAGUGAACUCAAUGGCUGUGGCUAUUCGGACCCGUGAAGUGAGAGUUUGGGUUUAUUAAAAAAUAUUUUAAAAUUAUUGUAGGGUUAGUGUUAGUAAGAGUAAGACAAAAUUUGGUAUCAAAUGAAAGACAAUUGACAAUUGAAUGGACUAUAUAUUUGUAAACUUACUUAUUAAGUUUAACUAAAAUAAACUACCACGAAAGACAUCCAAAUAACAAUUACUCAAAAUGGAAUCGGAAACGCAUUGCUGCUAUUCGGACCCGGGUCCGUUUAGACUCAAUGCUAUUCGGAUGUCUUUUGUGGUGGUUUAUUUUAGUUAAACUUAAGAAUUAAGUUUAAAAACAUUUUGUCCAUUCAAUCAUCUUUCAUUUGAUACCAAAUUUCGUCUUACAACCUAACACUAACAGUAAUAUAUUUAAAAUUUUUUUUAAUCCCAGCCUCUAACUUCUCGGACCUGGGACCAAAUAGCCACUUCGGGACUCAAUAGGGGAGCCACUUAGUUCUAUUUUACCCUUUGGUUGUCUUACACUUACAGUUUUACAGAAUUUAAAGUUAAAAGUGUUCAGGCUUAGGACUGUCUUUGGAGUUUCCUAGAGGGGCUGCAGAGCCACCGAGAAGUGCUCGCUUGAGGAAUAACGGCUCUGCUGAGCACAGGUUUAGUCAGGGUCCUGCUGAGGAAAAGCAGUGCUAAACCAUGGGCGCCCGCAGAAAACUUUCUGGGGGGGGGGGGGGGGGAAAAAAACAAAAUUAAUUGUCAGGGGGGGGGGGUUUUAUUGUAUUUUUAUGUUGGUGUGGUAAUUUAGUAAUGUUUUAAUGUAGUUUUAACUUACUGUAGUGUAUUUAUAUGGUGAACGAAUGGGCAGGACAUCAGCUUAGUUACUUUCUCUUUAUUUUCUCUUUAUUUUAAUACAUUUUUUGUCUAUUUUUGUCUAAAUUUUUUUUAUCCAAUCAAUCCAGGGGGGGAGUUGACACAAGUUCCCCCCCUCCCCCCGCCACCCCUUGCGGGUGCCCAUGUGCUCAACAAUAUAAAAUAUAGAAAAUGUGCUGACCAUCCGAACCAUUAUAAAUACCCCUUUGGCUACCCUAGCCCCUAGUCUUAAUAAAGUACCGGUACAUGUCAUUUUAUUGGGAAGAAGUGCAGUUCAGGUGUAAAUUUUAUCUCUUAAUGAAUUUUGUAAUUUGCAUGUAAACUUCCAUGUUUUCUUUAUUAAAUUAACUUAUAAUUUGAACUUAUAAAAAAACAUUCAGAACUUGAUCUAUUGUUAAAGUAAGCUACUUAAAAGUAAGCCCUAUGUCCUUGUACCUACUAUAGACUAUACAGUAUAAUAGAAGACUAGAUUCCUUUCAGUGUGAGUACGUUUAGUCUUUAUUAAUCCUGCUUGAGUACAACAAGUUGCAGAUUCAGCUUCUAUGUGUAUAGAUAGGGUUACUAUAUGUCAUGAUUUAACCAUGAUCAUUCUAGUUUAGAAGCUUUGUCCCAGCAUACCGGUUGAUUUGAACAUUAUCAACGUUUCAAUCUCAGUUCGAUAGAAAUUAAUUUUUACUGUUUAUGUUUGAUAGUCUAGAAGUUGAUCAUGCUGUUAAGAUAAGAACUUGUUUGCAUUAAAUUCUAUAUUUUAUGUAACUAAUUUAAAAUUAUCUAUGUAAAGACUGUCAACGUCUUAGCUUGAAUUACGAAACUUGCAUUUAUUUACGAAUGACUCUGCAUGUUAAUUUGAGGUGAAUUUGAAUAUGAGGCCUGGUCUAAAUAUUCUGCUUACAACCUAUGACCUCCAUCUCCCUUCCUAUGAGAAGAUAGAAGUAAUAGGCUGGAAUUUACAGUCAGUUGUCUUCUCAUAAGUAUGAUGAGGUCUCCAUUAUUUACAUGUUCAGAUAUUUUCGACUGUAACGAACGUGUGUGAAUAGGAAGUGAACAAAUUAUUGUGCACACGCACUAAAACCAUAAAAAAUUGCGCCCUGGAAAACCAAAAUAUACAUGUUGCUCAUUCAACCCCACACAACCCCUCAUUUCAACAUUGUUCAACAAUAUACUAGUAACUAGUAGGCUUACACUUCAUUUUUUGGCAUAUGUUGACCUAAUUCACAGAUUUAAAACCAUAAAAAAGUAAUGGAAAUUUAGAUUUGCCCCUGAUUUCCAGGGACAGUGCCAAAAAGCCUGAUGAUGUUCAGGAAUAGAUACAAAGUUGUUUAAUUUUAUUGUUUUUUUAAAAUAGUGCAUAUUAAAAUUUUCAAAAUUGUAACUUUGCAUUUAUUCUGUAUAAAUGUUGAUAUUCAAUUAAGCUAAAAUUGAAUUUAUUCGGACAUUUGAAAUGGUUAUUGCCAGGCAUUAAUUACAUACAUGGAUGGGAUUUCCAGAAUAUAUAAAUGUAUUUGGAAUAAUUUGAUAUUUUAGAAAAAUAUCACGCAAAAAGAGACAUCUGGUACAAUGCAUAUUUUAACAGUUUUAGUCCAUUUCAUGAUUAAUGAUCAGACCCAGAAUGUCUUGCAAGCCGCAUUUAACAUCUCGACAGGCCACGUGGCCCACAGGCCAUAGUUUGUCCACCCCUGUAUUUAACAAAAGAAAAACAUCAACCCCAUUACAAUUGUAAAUAAUUUAUUUGUUUAAACAAGUUUAGGUUAUUGCACUUGUUAUCAAUAUUACGCACUCCCAUGACAUUGGGUCUUUGACCUUAAAAAAAAGCUUUCAUCCAGUGUAGAUAAGGCUGAUAAGGAUAAGAUAAUGAUGGAAAAAUAUAGCACAUUCUCUCAAACAUGCAUUAAAAUAAGCAGGGGGUUUUUCAUCUGAUAUAACAUGUGCACUGAACUGACGGAGGAGUUGCUAAGAAAACAAUUGUAAAAGUGAGGCUUCAAAUUAAGUUUAAAACAUUUACUUGGUCACAUACAGCAGUUCAAUUGAAACGUGAGUAGAUCAUUCUUGACCUGCUAAACACAAACUUGUACAGCUGUUCCAUUGAAACGUGAGUAGAUCAUUCUUGACACGCUAAACACAAACUUGUACAGCUGUUCCAUUGAAAUGUGAGUAGAUCAUUCUUGACACGCUAAACACAAACUUGUACAGCUUUUCCAUUGAAAUGUGAGUAGAUCAUUCUUGACACGCUAAACACAAACUUGUACAGCUGUUCCAUUGAAAUGUGAGUAGAUCAUUCUUGACACGCUAAACACAAACUUGUACAGCUGUUCCAUUGAAAUGUGAGUAGAUCAUUCUUGACACGCUAAACACAAACUUGUACAGCUUUUCCAUUGAAAUGUGAGUAGAUCAUUCUUGACCUGCUAAACACAAACUUGUACAGCUGUUCCAUUGAAAUGUGAGUAGAUCAUUCUUGACCUGCUAAACACAAACUUGUACAGCUGUUCCAUUGAAAUGUGAGUAGAUCAUUCUUGACCUGCUAAACACAAACUUGUACAGCUGUUCCAUUGAAAUGUGAGUAGAUCAUUCUUGACCUGCUAAACACAAACUUGUACAGCUGUUCCAUUGAAAUGUGAGUAGAUCAUUCUUGACCUGCUAAACACAAACUUGUACAGCUGUUCCAUUGAAAUGUGAGUAGAUCAUUCUUGACCUGCUAAACACAAACUUGUACAGCUGUUCCAUUGAAAUGUGAGUAGAUCAUUCUUGACCUGCUAAACACAAACUUGUACAGCUGUUCCAUUGAAAUGUGAGUAGAUCAUUCUUGACCUGCUAAACACAAACUUGUACAGCUGUUCCAUUGAAAUGUGAGUAGAUCAUUCUUGACACGCUAAACACAAACUUGUACAGCUGUUCCAUUGAAAUGUGAGUAGAUCAUUCUUGACACGCUAAACACAAACUUGUACAGCUGUUCCAUUGAAAUGUGAGUAGAUCAUUCUUGACACGCUAAACACAAACUUGUACAGCUGUUCCAUUGAAAUGUGAGUAGAUCAUUCUUGACCUGCUAAACACAAACUUGUACAGCUGUUCCAUUGAAAUGUGAGUAGAUCAUUCUUGACACGCUAAACACAAACUUGUACAGCUGUUCCAUUGAAACGUGAGUAGAUCAUUCUUGACACGCUAAACACAAACUUGUACUAUUAGUAUAUCCCUAUAGAAAUCUCAGUUAUCAUAAGAAAGUGGAGGAUAUAAAAUGCAAUGCAUCUUGAUGGUAUUAAUUGAUUUGAUGUCUGCCAAUUAUGCUAGCCAUGACUUAUGUAAAAUUAUUUAAGCCAACUACUGUCUGACUUAGGUAAACAUAUUUCAGCCAACUACAGUCUAAUUUUGGUAAACAUAUUUAAGCCAACUACAGUCUGAAUUUUGUAAACAUAUUUAAGCCAACUAAAAUCUGACUUUGGUAACCUAUUUAAGCCAACUACGGUCUAAUUUUGGUUAACAUAUUUAAGCCAACUACAGCAUAGAAAGUACUGUAAAUCAUAGUCAGCCCUUAAUUUAAAAAAAAACUUGUUGCUCCUUUAAGUUAGAACAUGAGAGAAGUACUUAUUUCUGUCUAAAAUUCUUACAUAUUCAACUAUGUGAUUAUCAUCAUCAUUUAUGUUGAUAAUCUAUUAUUAUUAUUGUUCCUCCUUGGCAUGUGAAGAUGACCAAGGCUUGAGUAAUAGCCUUGACUUAAGCUGUAUUUUAUUUAAAGUGAGGGAAAGUUGUUCAGUUCAUCAGCCUUACUUUCUUGUCCUUGCCUAUUUGGUCCAAUGGCAAGACUUGGUCAAGACAAUGGGAAGAUAGGCCAGAAUGCAGUGGAUGGCUAGCAGUGUUUCUUGUGUCUCACUGUGCUCUUAAUGCAUUCGACAUCCCAGGAGUUGUUGGAAUUUUCAUUGUGUCAAUGUCAUACUGCUUAUGGGACUCCAUCUCCUGGUUUGAUGUCAAAAUUUCCCUUGUCCUAGAUGAGCUGCCAUCCAAAGCUAAAGUGUCUCAUCCACUCAAGGUGUUAGUGGUAUUUUUGCUUGUCUGGGCUUUUGCUGGGGUCGAACUCCAGUCCACAAGCUUGGGAUUGAAUCACACAUCUACAUAAGAAUACACUGAUAAGAUAAGAUGCUUUUAUUAAUCCAAAUACAGCUAGUGCUCGACUUAAGACCUAUGCAGCUUACGAUUAUUCGACUUAACGACCACAUUGAAAAUUAUGAUUUAUAACAAAAAUAAAAGAAAUUUAUGAUAUAAUUUAACUUAAAUAUUUUUAUAACAUUACUUCACAUAACUGCACACAUAGCGUACUCAACUUACGACCAGUCUCUCUGAACCGAUCGUGGACUCGAGCACUAGCUGUAAAUGGAAAUCUUGAGAAGAUUGAUUAUAUCCUUAAAUCUGCUAUUAGUUUAUAAAAGCUUUUAUUUUUCUGAACAGAAAUGUGAUGGAAGAAUGCAGCCAGAGUAUAAAAAGUUCUCCAUUGACCCGCAAAUAACGUCUUUUGACAUGUUGCGAGGAAUUCUGGCCAGGGCUUUUGAAAUCAACAGGUAAAAACAGGCUAAACUUGAAUCACUCAUUCUCUCGUAUUAAAGUUCAUCUGUGAAAUAAAAUGUUAUUUUUCAUAUUGGCGAUUCAUUUCAUUGGUAGAUAAUUUGAACCAUUCUUAAGCCACAUUUUAAAAGCAGCCUGGAUUUAAAUAUGUUUGAAAAUUUCCUAUAUCCAUUCUUGAACAUUUUUUUCUAACUUUCUAUUUAUUUUACUACUUAUUUGCAUAAUAUUUUCAUAUUAAUUUGAGCACAUAUUUAGCAUGUAUAUGAUUCACAGUAAUACUAUUUUUGUGAAGUCUAAAUGUAAAAAAAAAAAUCUGAAUAAAGAAAAAACAACCAUUAAUGGAUUUGUACAAUUAUAUCUUCCACAGCGACUUCACCAUCAGCUACCUGGCGAGAGACUCAGAAGGGCAGGCCGUUUACUUGUCUAUGCUCUCUGACUGGGACAUGGAUGCAGCAUUUCAAUGUGCCGCUGAUCCUUGCCUUAAGCUCAAGGUUGACUUGCGACCAUUUGAAGAAGGUUUGAAAGUUUAAGAAAUAAUCUCUUAUAGUAUCUAGAAGUAAUCUCUUAUGGUAUCUAGAAGUAAUCUCUUAUAUUAUCUAGAAGCAUUAAUUUAAGCAGUUGUAUUAUUGUAUUUUACCUUUUUUUUUUUGAAGAGUAAAAUUAUCAGUUGAAAGAAAGUUUAUCAGCUAAGCUCAAAUAAAAAACAAAAACAAAUUUGUAUACGUUUUAUAUUAUCGGGCAUUUUUUUGUGCAAGAUUUCUUUCAUGUUAUUUACCCUCUUAAACACUAGGUUUAUCUCCUAUUCUGUCUGUAGUGUCGUGUAAGUUCCUGAUAUCCUACAAAAUAUAUAGGCCUAUGGUCUAAACAAAGCUAAUUUAAUACUUGGAUUAUAAUAUACUUCAUAUUUAAAAACAGAGUCAAUAAAUGACUCCAAAUAUGUUCCUGAAAAAUUUUUGUAAGCUCUGAGAUUUGGCAGUAAUUGAUUUUUUAAAAACAUCGAAUAUCAGAGUUGCACCAGGUGAUGUACCCAUAAUGGGUAAUCAGACCCCCCUCCCCCAUUAAUAUAUAUACAGAUACAGAUAAAACGGACACCCAGACCAUUAAAAUUUUUCCGUGAACUUGCAAAGGCUUCAAUAGCUUAAUGUGAGAAAACCAACUCAACUGGUGAUUUUUUUCUUCUCUAGAUCUUACCACACUAGCAUGAUACUUCCAUUUAAAAAUAUUAAAAAAAAAUUGUACUCUCUAAAACUCUCUUGGGCCAGUUAGAAUUUUUGCCAGUCUAGCUCUAAGCUGCGCUCCACAACCCUGAAUGACACAAUUUUUUAAAAACAUGAUUUGUUUCUUUUAUUGUGCCAGAAUUAGAAGACUGGGAUGUUAUAGCUCCAGCAGAAAUUCCUCAACAUCGAAUCACAAGUUUGCUGGAUAAGUCUCUUUUUGGUACAAUAACUGGCACCAUUACACAGAACUUGGGCAAGACGGUCACUUCUGUCAAAACGGCUAUCGGUAAGUCUGCUAAUCUUGAGGAUGAUAGAAAAUAUCUGACCUAUUAUCCAUUACUGCCAAAGGCAACCACUCUGUAAUGAGAAAUAUUUAAAACAAGAUACUUUUUAAGCUGAAGUGAACAAAACUGUACAAUGGAUGAUUCAGCUUUUAUUUUAUCAUUAGCUAUUUCCUGUCAACCAAGUAGAUCAAAGUGCCUAUCUCUUUUAAUAUAAUUUUCUUGUGUUUUGUAUUGUUGCAGAAAAAGUUUUUUCAGUUAAAACGGUAAUUCUGUUGUCUUGCUUAGCUUUUUAAGCAUCAGCAUAUUGAGUGCUAUAUAUUUUGUUCUGUAUAUUUAGUAAUAUAUUAUAUAAUUCUUUCACACUGCUUAGACAUUGUUAUUAUUUGUAAACAUAGUUUAAAUUCUAAAAUAUAAUAAAAUUAAAAAUGUAACCACCCCCAGAUUAAUUCUAAGUCUUAUUUCACUGUUUAUUUCUUAGGUUUAAAACAAACAGAUGAAGUGAUAAAACCAUUGAAACCACUAAUUCUAAGAUUUAUUUCACUGUUUAUUUCUUAGGUUUAAAACAUACAGAUGAAGUGAUCAAACCAUUGAAACCACCAAUGUCAGAUAUGGAAUUUAAGAACUAUAUGGACAGUGAGGGCUUCAUGGUUCGACCUAAUGAUUUUCGCCUCUCUGUGUACCAAGGUGGAAUAGAGCCAUCACUGCGCCGGGUGGCCUGGAGACACUUGCUCAAUAUAUUUCCGGCCAGCAUGUCAGGGCAGUGUCGGUUCGACUACAUGAAGCGUAAAGAAGAAGAAUACAGGAAACUGAGAGAGGAAUGGCACGUAAGGUUCAAAAACAACACGGCCACCGAAGAAGUGAAAUAUGUGGCGAGCAUGGUAAAAAAGGAUGUUCUGCGUACAGACAGGUGCCACGGAUUUUAUGCCGGCAAUGAUGAAAACGAAAACACCCUGUCCUUAUUUCACAUCCUGGUUACUUACGCGUUGACGCAUCCCGAUGUCUCUUACUGCCAGGGGAUGAGCGAUCUGGCCUCCCCGUUGCUGUACACGCAAAAAGACGAGGGUCAGGCCUACGUUUGUUUUUGUGCUCUGAUGAACAGGUUGAGGAGUAACUUUACCGUAGAAGGGAAUGCCAUCAUGAACAAAUUUAAGCACUUGUCUGACCUCUUGGCGAUGUACGACCCGCCCCUUCAAGCGUAUCUGGUUCAUAACAAUGCCGGGGACAUGUUUUUCUGCUAUCGCUGGUUUCUUCUUGAACUGAAAAGGGAAUUCCCUUUUACGGAUGCGCUGUAUGUUUUAGAAGUGAUGUGGGCCACACUGCCUCCGUCACCACCUGAAGUGGAGUUGGCUUUAGUUGAUCCCGAUUAUUCGUGUAAACUUCUGUCCAGUUCUCCCUGCUCACCAACAUUCUCCCUACAACAUGCAAUGUACGCCAAACUUCUUGCCAUGAGAAGGGUCGGAGCCCUCCACAGGGUGGCAAGAGCUGCUGUUCCUAUCCAAAGUGUCGACCUUAGGACGUCAGCUAACGAUAAUUUGAAUGGAGAAUCCCCUGGCCAGAUCCAGCUCAAACCUAUUUGCUUUGUUGCCUCUUUGGAUACAUCCCCUGCAGAUAUUGAAGACAAAGUAGCGGACUUCCCCGAGGUAGAAAAUCCUAUGACACACUCCAUGCAGAUGAAAUCCAAUAGUAUUGACCAAAUCCUACAAGAAGACUCGUCAACAGAGAAUGAAGAAGAAGAAGAAAUCAGUGAUGGGAAAUUUUGUAAGGUGAACGGUAACUCCAUUAAAAAUGGCUCCUGUGGCAGAAACAAUAAAAAUAAUGUCAAAAAAUGUGAUUCUCAGUCAGAAUCAGACUCAGUUGAUGUGGAACACAACAUGUUGACCGUUCCCAAGGACAGCUGUAAGGAUUAUCACAACACAUUACAAUCAAUUCCUGUUGAAGAGAGCACCAGUUUCAAUUUUUCCACCAUAGAAGAUGAUCGCAGCGACCGGAGCUGGAGUGUCAACUCAGCCGUGUCUGACUGCUCUAAUGAUUCUGAACGACAAACUCAAUUUUCUUUAUCUCUCGAUUCGAAUAUUAACAACUCUUUAGAACUUGUGGAAAACCUAAACAACCUUAACAUAGCCGAUCAUUUUAAGGGACCCGUCAAGACGGCAUCUGAUAGAAGCAAUGUCUACUAUAUCAAGUCAGAAAUACAAAUUAGCAAAAAUGAUGAGGAGGCGCAUAAUGAAUCCAACUCUGGAAUCUUCCAAAGUAUGAAGCGCUUUCUCGCCUCUCCAAAACGAAAGCAAACAUCAUCUCCAGAAGUGACGUCAUCUCCACAGUCUUCGCCCAAAAGAUCUGCUGGUCUUUCUUGUAAACAGCUUUCUUCAAGUCCCAUUUUGUCUCCCGGUCAGGAGGACAUCCCAAAGCUGACCAAAAACUUAUCAGACACACAAAUUUCAGAUGGCAAGGAGGCUACCGAAUCACUAGACAGCUCGAUCAAUAGUGCUUCUGUCUCGUCCAGCUCCCAUGGACCACCUCCAAUCCGCGACCCGUCAAAACUUCCCCAGCCACAGGAUUUUGGGUCAGGAAACCCAUUCCUUAUGUUUGUUUGCUUUACUUUGCUGAGCCAGCACAGAGACAAAAUAAUUCAGCAAGGAAUGUGCUAUGAGGACAUCGCCAUGUACUUUGACAGACUUGUACGCAGGCAUGAUGCAAACAGGGUGUUGCAUCACGCACGGCACUUGUACACAGAGUAUCUAAGAGCGCAGCAAGCCAAUGUGGAGAAGGAAAAAGAUGUCGAUGAACUGGGGUUAAGCUGCUGAGUUAUCCAACAUAGUUCUUUACAAUCUUAAUACCGGUAUUAUAUUUAUCGCAGUGGAACAACUUUACUGAGUCAAGUCAAAAAGAUUACUGAACACAGACUUUAAGGUAUGAAACUUAACCUGGGUUCCAACAGUGAUUUUAAGUACACACUUUAACUGUUAACUACCACUUUUUGAUGUAUAUUUCUUGGAGAUAUUUUUUCCCUGUUGUAUAAUGUAAAGUUUAAAUGUUUUGAUAUAUUUAAGCACAUAAAACUAAGCAACUAGAAAUUAUUUAUGGAAACAUAAAAAAAUUAAUUCCCUUUACAUUAUAAAAUAUGCUCUUGCUUAAAGAAAAAAAAAAGGAAAUUUCCACCAAUGACUAUAUAUUGGACUGCGGAAAGGAAAUAAUGAAUUCAAUUUUUUUUUCCUACUCGGUAAUUUUAUAUACA